GACGGAGGGAGGAAACUUGGGGCAGGUGACACGGCGCUAGGUUCCUCCGGCGGGGCGGGAGAAGCCUCCUGUGCGCCGGCCGGGCGGGACGGACCGGCAGCGCCAUGCACGUCAAUGGCAAGGUGGCGCUGGUCACCGGCGGGGCGCAGGGCAUCGGCAGGGCGUUCGUCCAGGCGCUGCUGGGCAAGGGAGCCAAGGUAGCGCUGCUGGACCGCAACCUCGAGGCCGGGCAGGAGAGCAAGGAGGCCCUGGACGAGCAGUUCGAGGCGCAGAGGACGGUGUUCAUCCAGUGCGACGUUACGGACCCCGAACAGCUGAAAGGUGCUUUCAAAAAAGUAAUUGAACAUUUUGGAAGGCUGGAUAUUGUGGUUAAUAAUGCUGGAGUGAACAAUGAGAAGGACUGGGAAAGCACUAUACAAAUUAAUUUGACAUCUGUGAUUAGAGGAACCUACCUUGGCCUAGAAUAUAUGAGAAAAGGAAAUGGAGGUGAUGGAGGAGUAAUCAUUAAUAUCUCAUCCUUAGCAGGACUCAUGCCUGCUGCAUUCCAACCUGUGUACUGUGCUACAAAGCAUGGUGUAAUUGGAUUUACGCGCUCAAUAGCAUUAGCUGCUAACAUAGAGAACUAUGGUGUGAGACUCAACACAAUUUGUCCAGGAUUUGUCAACACGCCGAUUCUACAGUCAAUAGAUAAAGAAGAGAAUAUGGGACAAUACUUCUCAUACAAAGAUGAGAUCAAAAAUAUGAUGCAGUUCUAUGGCGUCAUGGACCCAUCGAUAAUUGCCGAAGGAUUGAUAACAAUAAUUGAAGACGAUACGCUAAAUGGAGAAGUUAUGAAGAUUACAGCAUCCCAAGGGAUUCAUUUUCAACAAUACAGCCAAACGCCUUAUACAUCAUCGAAGAGAUAAAUCUAAUUGUUUUGUGCUAAUUAUCUUUUGCUUUUCUUAAAUAGAAAAAAUGUUGGAAAAAAUAACUUUUGGAAAAAAUGUUAAUUUUGUAUCCAGAGUAGUGACAGUAUUCAAAAUUAUUCUAAUAACAGAAAUGGAGAAGAAAAUCCAUCUCUAGGGAUGAGGAAGAUGUUAUCAUCCUACUUUGAUUCUACAUUUAUUCAGUAGAACAAGCACACUGCUCUGAAGAUUUCUGAUUAUGUAGUAGUAAGGGCCAGUUUUUUUCCUUCCAGUAGUUCUGUGCAAUUAUCUGAUCUACAUAUUCCAUGUAUAUUUUUCUGGACAUGACUUAGUAUAAUUCUUCUCACUGUACUAAGUGCCUACUUAUUUACAUCCUGAAUUCCUCAAACCAGGAAUUCAGUUCAGGACUCCAGAAGAAAAAUAUACCUAUAAAAAAAUAAAAAAUUACUUUUUCUUAUAUGAAAUAUGUAAAAUAGAACAAGAAGCGAACUUCUCUUUCCUCAUUGAUAUAUGAAACUGAAUAUGUAGCAUAUCAUACAAGGAAGUACAGAAUUUUCUCUUCUUGGAUUUUAGCUAUUUAUAAAAUACUUCUGAAAUAUUUUUUCUUUUAUAUAUAAAUAUAUAUAUAUAUGUGAAAUUUCUCUCUUUGUAUAUACAAGGAUGAAUAUUUUGGCAUUGAUAGAAAUGUCUAUUUACUCAUCAAAUCUCAUUUUCUGAAACUUUAAAUCUAAUCUCCUGCCUUGAUUGAUUAAAACCUGAAUUAAAUCCUGAGUGAUCUGUUUAUUUUA